ACAUUUGUUUACAACUCGCAGAAUGUCCAUGCGUGAAUUUACAACCGCACAGAGCGUUGCAUCAGCACGAGAUUGGAAGUGCGUCAAAUCUGUACAGCAUUGUUACGUCAUCACUGAUAAAUGUUGAAACUGAUGCGAAACCGCGGGAGCAGUUCAGUGAUUCUCGCUAGUGCUGGAGGAGCGUUCAUUUUGGCAAGGAAAUGUGCUGAAUUUUGCAAGGACAUGGAGAAUAAAGAGUUCAAGGAGUCAGAGGUCAGUGGGAAUGACCUCACCCUCAUAGACCUGGAUGACCCCAUCAAUGACGGUGAUGUUAUGAAGGAAGACAGAUCUGAUAAAGAUCACAGAGAGGUUGAGAGACAGACCAAGUUGGAAGAGGCUGUUCUAGAGACAGAUAUCCCAACUCUGUCACUAGAGGCUGAAGGAGAGAUUGAGAUGCAGGAGGCUGAUCUGAAGACAGAUGGCACGUCUCAGUCACAGAAGGUUGAAGGAGAGAGUGAGUUGGACGAUGCUGUUGCCAUCCCACCUCAUCAGUCACAGGAGGUUGAAGGAGAGAGUGAGUUGGACGAGGCCAUUGUCAUCCCAUCUCAGUCACCGGAGGAGGCCAAAGGAGAGAGUGAGUUGAAUCAGGUUGAUCUGAAGACAGCCACAUCAACUCUGACACUGGAGGUCGAAGGAGAGAGUGUGAUGCAGGAGAGUGAUGAUCUAGAAACAGCCGGGCCAUCUCAAUCCCAGGAGACUGAACGAGUGGCAAAGGCUGCAGUGGUGACCUUCACUACCGUGACCCACAAGGCUGCAGCCUCCCAGACCAGCCUCACCCUCAGCAGGGGAAAGAGAAGCCACCCAGACCUACACACCUUUGUGCAGGACAUGAAGGAUGGCCAUUGGAAUCUGCUGAGUGAGAAUAUGCGUGCCGGGAUAAGCAGACAUGAGUUUAGUGCCAGGUGCAUGGAUAUUACAAAUUGGGUGAUGGAGUCUACAUCCACUGUGGUCAUUCCCGCCCUUGACCUCACCAUGCAGAUCGAGCUCUCUGAUUCGUCAAGCUCUUCUGGAUCAGGAAGUAAUGAGGCAAGAGAAGUGACCUCUCUUGGCCACAGCGUCAGAUUCAGCUUUAGUGGAGGACCCAGUAGGCGCACCAGUUCUAGAACCGCUUGCAGCACACGAACUCCCACCCCUUUCCCCUCCUCUCACAGGUCCAUGACUUCCUUGCUGAGUGAGGACGAAGAGCGAUAUGUCUGCUCACCUGAGGGUGGUGAUAGAGAGAUGAGACACAGACCCCACUCAGCACCACUGAGAUCUGUGUUUGGAAUCUCUGAGGAUUCUGUCUUCAACAUGGUCCAGAGCGGCCAGACGCAGAGUGACAUCGUACUGUCGUCCAGUUGGAGUAGACGGGAGAAAUACAGCCCUGUCAAAAAACCACCGGACACCAGGUUUAUGAUGGGUAUUGUAGAGUUGGUUAUGAACCUUCUCAACUCCAGAUUGGCUGAGCUAAUGCCAAGUCUCAGUCAGGGAACUCUAGGUCCGCUGUCUGGUAGUAUCUCAGCAAGUCAGCAGUUUGCCCAAGAGAUGCUAAGCAUGGUGUCUGCUAAGAUGUAUUCCCAUGCCAUAGAGCAUAUUGCGCGUGGCCACAAGUCUCCCCUUGAGUUAGAGAGGGAGCUUGAGGCCAUAUUGGGUCCUCUGGCUGGACAGGUUAUAGUCAUCAUCAUAGAUAGCAUCUUCAAGGCAAAAGCCAACAGAGGAAACAAGGGACGAGCGACCAGCCCCUUGACCUAUUUUCUCACUGCCAUUUCGGCAGAAGUACAAAGCCUAGUUGUUCAGAGAUCGGCUAGCAGACCGUCCACCAGACUGUCCAACAACGACCCACUGCUGAACAUUUCCAAGUCAAAGGUCUUAAGAUCAGUUCUGCUCAAAAUGGCAGAACUCUUUGGUCAAGGUCCAAGUGAAACCUGUCUAGUUCCACUAGUCCAGAGUCAGUCCAACAACUCUAUUUGCGACUGGACUCUGAAUGCAGGCACCAUUCAUCCAAGUCAAUUUCUGUCCAACAACAGAAUGACAGAAGUGUCAUCCGAUGUUGUGGAUCUUGUACUUGAGGUUUUUGGGAUAACAGGAUUUUUGGAUAGCAGGAGCCCGUCAAGGCCACAGAGUGCCUGCUCCUACAACUCAGCUAGUGGAGCAAUAGAUAUGAGAGCUCUUGCUGGGGACUUGGUCAGACAGGUGUCUGUCAAACUCAGACCCUUUGUCUCUGAGAGUCAACUCUCCACCAUGUCCAUGACAGAUCUGUCAUCAUCUAUUUCUGACUCCACCUUGAAGCAGUUGUGUUGUAGCUCUGCUGUUGCUGCAGCAACUGUCUGUCAAGCAAUCAAAACGGAGCUCGAGAGCCAGAGACCUACCAACCUGUCAGCCAGAGACCUACUAUCGUCUCUGAUAGAGACCAUUGAGGACAUGGAUAUCUCUGACGUCGUCCAGGGCCCGUCAGCCAUUUUGGAGGAGACUGCUAUGAUAAAGCACCCAGAGAUGUCCACCUCGAUAAUAUACAGGUCUUUGCUUCUCGACUCAUCUCUCGCCUCCUCUAACAUGGUCACUGAGAGCAUUAUCUUCAACAGCCCACGCCCAUCAGAGGAGAAUGUGAGUAUUCAGAAGGUGCUCCCUGCUGAUAAAGUUGACAUACUCCAUGGUCAACCAGUGGAGGAGUGUAUCGUCCAAGCUGAGCAAUGCAUCACUCAGGUCAUUCAGGAUGCAGCUGUGACAUAUACUGGCGUGCUGGAUAAAACCGACACUUGUGGGAAACUGUCGGAAGUUCUGUCUGUCUGUGUUUCCGCGGAGAAUAUUGAGGAGGCAUCCUCUGAUCUAUUUGGUGGAAUUAUUUCCGACCUGCAUGAGGUAUCUGAGGUCAAUAAGGCCUCCAUGCGUACGAAAUCAGGUCGCAAAAUGUUCUGGGUGGAAGUGAGUUCAGGUUCCCAGAAGAUUUAUACCAAAACCCUGGACAAACUGAGGAAGCUUUUCACCUCUCACCUUCUCACUGAGGGACAAAAUACUCCUGUGCAAAUUGAGCUCUAUGACACUGGACUACUUGUAACUGAGACCACUGUGGAGGUAUCUCCUGUACAGAAGACAGACAGUAAUACCUCUUCUAUGUCCUCAGCCUCAGCCCACCAGCUCACCCUCGACACCUGCACUAAAGGGGUCAUCAAACAGGUGAUCUCGGUGCUGAGGUUGGAGACUUCAAAGGAAGACCGCUUCGCUUCCGUUGGGGAGAACACAUCAAAUGCGUCUUUCGACUUCAACCAGAAGUUGGACUCGAUAAUUUCGAAAUUGGAGGACCUCACCAUUUCGAGUGACGUGACGUCAGCCGAGAUUGCCACGCUCACGCGAUCUCGUAGUGCAGCCAGCAGAACCUCUAACAUUACCAUCCAGAGCUUUCACAGUGCUGAGUUCCGAGCUACGGCCAAACAGAUUGUGCGUGAGGCCAUUCUCAGAGCUGCUAGCGAAGCCAACUGUUCUUUGCCACAGAGCAUGCCUAGCAUCACCUUCUCACACCAUGUGGUUUCUACAACUGAAGAUAUAUUGAAUAUGAUCGUGCAAGACCUUGAAAGUGUAUCCCAGUACACAGUGGAGGACGCAGACUCCUUCCCACUAGGAGAGAAAAAGCUGCAGUCCCAACUCAAUCCCAGAGUUGUCUUUGACAACUCAUUUUUUGCUGCUCAAAUCAUGUACCACAGAGUAAAGGAUAGACUGAAUGUCUUUUUGUCUUUUCCACCCGUGUCAGUCACCACAGCUAAAGAUGUGCUGGACUCCACCCCUGUGGAUACACUCAGAUGCUCGAAGUCCCCUGACACUGCUCUUGUUAAGGACACGAGCCGCCCUCCGUCUGUGAGAAGUGAGAAGCCAUUUUCAAAAGUCUGUUUGACUAAAAGGUUUAAAGCCCUUGUGUCUUCGAGUGGCUCCUCCACAUACCACCAUGUAAUUGACACAUGCAGUGAGGAUGUCAGUCUGCCCACCAGGAGUAUGUUAGUUGUGAGCGACACCAGUUUGAAGAGAGCCUCUCCUCUCCAUGGUUGUGGAUUGAGUGAAAGUUGUGAACCUCUUGAGGCUCUACAAGACGGAACAGUGGCAUUCAGCCAAGAAGGCUUUAGCAAAACUGCAAAGAAGACACUCAGCUUGAUCCUAAAUGUGAUCAAGUGCAGAUUGGCCAACUCUGAGAGUUCAUCUGUUGGGCAGAAUGCAAGUGAGGAGUGUCUGAUAGCCACUAACAUGUUAGACUCUCUACUGGAGAGCCUUGACCUGUUGCCUGACAUGAGCGCUGCCGAUGAGAUCACAAGGACAGAAUGCCAUACCUCUAACGCAAUGGACAAGACAGGUUCACAGUCAGCGCUUGUGAGCCAACAAGAAAUGAACAUAUCUGACACCAGUAUCAUAGUGAAAACUAUAAUGGACACAUUGAAGACAGACGACCUAGAGAUGACUUCAGCAGAAGAAAAUCUGGAUAGGCUUCUGUCAAUUGAAGCCCUUCAAGAUGCGUCUGGCAACCUGAUCGCAAAGGUCCAUGGUCUCAUUCAGGAGAUAACCAUAAGACGCCAGCCUCAAUCCAUGACUGGCCACAGAAGCCUCUCUCAACCAGCGCUGCCAAAGCCAGCACUGAGGAAGCUGUCAAAGGACGAUGCGUCAGGGCUCGUUUACAGCUUUGCCCACACUUCUGUUAGCAGACUCCUGGGGCAGUGUUUGGGUAGGCCUAUGCCACCCACUGCUGACAGGGUUUUGGAUCAGGUCAUCAAGUUGAUGACAGACAUGGUGAUGGACAGUCUGACUGAUCUGUCCAAGUCUGCAAUGGAGGGUGACACCAGCAAUGCCGCAAGUGACAUCACUCAUGGUGUUGUGGCUGACCUUAAUGCUACUGAGGAAUUCCCCGCCAGGGGCCUUAGCCCGGCUGAUGUAAAGGCUGACGGCAUGGCCCGCCUUCCCUCUGCCAGAGGGGAAGAGAUUAAGAAGAACAGGAAGUGGCGCUUCCUACCCAAAAUUGGCAAGAUUCCAAAGAUCAGGAUGAAGCUGUUCAAGACAAAAGAGGAACCGAAGAGCCACCCUGAACAGGAUGCGCUGCCUACCAAACGUCUCAGAGAGACUCGUAUUUCACAGAAUGCUGAGUGUGAGGUUCCAGAGGUUCCAUCCACUUCCCCACCCAAGGAGGACCUGACAACCACACUGGCCCCUGCUCCCCAGGAGUCCCAGUCCCAUGGUGAUGCUGCUUCUCUCCAGAGGAGCCAACAUUAAUGCUUUUGACAAGAAGGACCGCCGAGCAAUCCACUGGGCUGCUUACAUGGGGCACAUUGAGGUGGUGAAACUGCUGGCCUCUCAUGGAUCAGAGGUGUCCUGUAAAGACAAGAAGGCCUACACCCCUCUCCACUCUGCAGCCUCCAGCGGCAUGAUCAGCAUAGUCAAGUACCUCCUGGACCUUGGGGUGGAUGACAGUCUGUAAUCCCGACAUAUUUCAAGCUGACUACCAUUGUCCGUGUUCCCAAGAACUCCAAGAUCCACAGAUGAAGCAAUCUCAAUUGAGAGGGGAAAUACCUAUGUGAGAAUACUGUUCAUAGACUACAGCCCAGCAUUCAACACCAUAGUCCCCUCCAAGCUAGGGACCUUGGGACUGAAGACCUCCUUCUGCAACUGGAUGCUGGACUUUCUGACGGGCCGGCCCCAGGUGGUGAGGAUAGGCAAGAACACCUCUGCCACACUGACCUUCAACACGGGAGGCCCUCAGGGAUGCGUGCUUAGUCCCCUCUUGUACUCCCUGUUCACCCAUGACUGUGUGGCCACACACGACUCCAACACCAUCAUCAAGUUUGCUGACGACACGAAGGCGAUGAGAGGUCAGAGACUUGGCAUUGUGGUGCCAGGACAACCUCUUCCUCAAUGUCAGUAAGACCAAGGAGCUGAUCGUGGACUAUAGGAGCAAGAGGGGAGAGCACGUCCCCAUCCACAUCAACAGGGCUGUUAAAGGGUCUUGCUCUGACCCUACCCACAAUCCCUAGACUGUAUACAAACCAUAUGCACACACACACAUACUACAUUCACACUCCCACACAAAAUCCACACACACACAAACCGACACAACCCAAACACACAUGCGUACACAUUACACACUCUCACAAACAAACACACACCUUUACACUCAUUUGCUGCUGCUGCUCUGUUCUUUAUUUUGCUCUUAUUAUUAUCUAUCCUGAUGCCUAGUCACUUUACCCUGCCUUGUACAUAUCUACCUCAAAUACCUCGUACCCCUGCACACUGAUUUGGAACUGGUACUCCUUGUAUAUAGCUUUAUUCUUGGGUAUUUUAUUACACCGUUACAAUAUAUACAGUACCAGUCAAAAGUUUGGACACACCUAUUCAUUCCAGGGUUUCUUUAUUUUUUACAAUUUUCUACAUUGUAGAACAUCAAAAGUAUGAAAUACCACAUAAGGAAUCCUGUAGUAACCAAAAAAAUCGAAAUAUAUUUUAUAUUUGAGAUUCUUCAAAGUAGCCACCCUUUUCCUUGAUGACAGCUUUGCACACUCUUGGCAUUCUCUCAAUCAGCUUCAUGAGGGACUCACCUGGAAUGCAUUUCAAUUAACAGGUGUGCCUUGUUCAAAGUUAAUUUGUGGAAUUUAUUUCCUUAGUGCUUUUGAGCCAAUCACUUGUUUUGUGACAAGGUAGGGGUGGUAUACAGAAGAUAGCCCUAUUUGGUAAAAUACCAAGUCCAUAUUAUGGCAAGAACAGCUCAAAUAAGCAAAGAGAAACGAAAGUCGAAUAUUAUUUUAAGACAUGAAGUUCAGUCAAUCUGGAAAAUUUCAAAAACUUUGAACGUUUCUUCAAGUGCAGUCACAAAAUCCAUCAAGCGCUAGACCCAGAGUUACCUCUGCUGUAAAGUUCAAGUAACAGACACAUCUCAACACUAGCUUGGAGAUCCGUUACAGGAUGUCUGUCACCCCACUGAGCCCCUAUUGCAGGUUAGGGGUCACAUCCACUUGAAUGUCCUUCAUAUGACGAACCUCCUACAGAGCAAAUGAGGAAAAUAUGAUAUAUUAUGAUUUAUGUUAGUAACAAUACAAUAUGGGAAUUUUAUCCCAAAGCUACCUACAGCUAACAUAUAUAUUUAUGUAUGUGAUCUAUGUAAAUAAAGGAGUAUAACACAGCUGUAAAACUGUGAAGGACUAUAUGGUGGAGGCCUACCCAUUUCCCAGGAGCAUUGUAAAAAGUGGAUUUGGGUACAGUGUUUAUUUCCCCCUAAUAUCUUUGAAGAUUACACCUAAAAUAAUUAGGCCUACUUCUUUCUACUGCUGAUCUGAGACCAUUAGGGUUAAACACUACAGAUAUAAAUGCAAUAUAUGGAGUCGAAAAGAUUGCCUGCCCACCAAAGAAUCAACAUACGUUCUACAUGGUCUAUUUCUAUCUGAAAGUAACACCUCAAUCAAGCUUGUUAAUUGAUCGUUAAGUCCUGUUUGUCAGGUAAAAGGUCAUUAGUGGCCUAUAUAAGCCUCAUACAGGCCACGGGAAGACAUUACCUGUUGAUAACACAGACUAUUCUCAUGAUCAUGGGAGGUUUGAGAGAAUUACUGCUCUUUGUGAUGACUGUGGGGGUUGUCAAAGUUUCUUGUUACCCUGUUGGAAAGUCCCAGAAGCAAGAGCAAGUCUCUCUGCAGAGCAGACUUGGAGAGCUGUCAUCAAAUGACGUCUCCAUUGUGCAUGCCCUGGCCUUGCUCCGAUCCAUAGGGUCUGACGCUAAACAAGACAGAGAAGAGUAUUUAGAGACUAAUGAAGUAGAAUCCCAAGCUUCUCCAAACCAUGGUAGCUCUACGGCAAAUGAUGCCCUGUCCUCUGACGACGCUACCUCUGAAGCUGCCACUGGCCCGUCUGACGACGCUACCUCUGAAGCUGCCACUGGCCCGUCUGACGACGCUACCUCUGAAGCUGCCACUGGCCCGUCUGACGACGCUACCUCUGAAGCUGCCACUGGCCCGUCUGACGACGC